GCCGGGUGGGGUGGGGGUGGGGUGGGCUGGGGCUGGGGGUUUGAAUAGCGAGGCCCAAUGGGAGACAUCGGCUGUCAUUGUAAUUGAAGCCGCUCACUCGAUCGGCCGUCAUUCUAAUUGAAAUCACUCUCUCGAUUCGAUCGGGAGCGUUCUCGGUCGCCGUCGGUCGCCCUCGAUCGUCCUCGGUCGUUCGUUAGGAGGGCCAGUGUUCGUAAGCGGACGUGUAGCAUAGCAAUUCUGUUCUGGGGGAACAAUUCGGUGUCGUAGGCGGAAGCAUUAAAACACUUCAUCGUCAGUUCAGCUCAGAUACUUGCAUGUGCAUGGUUGUACCGUCGUCGUCAAUAUCGGAGGUGUUUAACGCUUCUGCUGUUAAUUAGUGCUUCUCACGUAUAGUACUAAGUAGUAGUAGUGGCUGCCGUCGUGAGCACAGGGCAGCGCAGCGUGCCGCACUGCACUACACCGUCGGGCUCAUUGUUUCCAUUCAAUUACCCUCGCCGUCUGCCUAGCGGGCGGCGGAUUAGUCAAUAGUCUUGUUACUUAUCGUGUCGACCUUGUCGGCGCUGACUGGUGCACUUCUUCGAACGCGAUCACUACUCCGUCUCAUUAGUUGAGGUGUUGUGGCGCUGCCGAUCGGGCGGCGUGGCAAUGGCGGAGACAGGGAAUGGAGGAGUGUCGUUGACUGUGGAGGUGAUUCCUCAUCAAGAGUCUUACAGAGAUCUGCACACCCCAGUGAGGGCGAAGAGCGUGGAGGAAUUGCACGCGCUUCAGAAAUCGCAGUCGUUUAAGGCCCCCGCGCCCCAGGUAUUCCAGUCGAUCAGCACCUCGCUGGCAUCCGUGUCUCACGAGCCCCACGGUCCCCACGUGGCCAAAGGGAAGGGGGCCAAGGAUGUGAUCCACCACCUGCGGCCCAUUCUCAGCGACAGCGAUUUGACGGUGAGUCAAGUGCUGUACAACUUGUCGCCGGCGGAGCUGUACGAGGAGGCGAUCAAGUAUGAGAGCGGGUCGUAUAUCACCUCGACGGGAGCGCUGGCGACGUUGUCCGGCGCGAAGACCGGUCGCUCGCCGAAGGAUAAGCGUGUGGUGAAGGAGAGUGAGACCGGCGACGACCUCUGGUGGGGCGAGGGCUCUCCCAACAUCGAGAUGGACGAGGAGACCUUCUUGAUUAAUCGUGAGAGAGCAGUCGAUUACCUCAACUGUCUCGACAAAGUGUACGUCAACGACCAGUUCCUUAAUUGGGACACGAAAAACAGAAUUAAGGUGCGCAUUAUCACCGCGAGGGCUUAUCACUCACUUUUCAUGUAUAACAUGUGCAUACGUCCGACUCAGGAGGAGCUGGAGGACUUCGGCACUCCCGAUUUCACCAUCUAUAACGCCGGUAAGUUCCCUUGCAAUCGUUUCACUCACUACAUGACGUCGGCGACUAGCGUCGACAUCCAUUUGAAGCGGAGAGAGAUGGUCAUUUUGGGCUCGCAGUACGCGGGGGAGAUGAAGAAGGGUUUGUUCGGCUUGAUGAACUACUUGAUGCCAAAGCGCGGGAUCUUGUCGCUGCACUCGGGCUGCAACGUGUCCAAGGACGGCCAGGUGUCGUUGUUCUUCGGGCUGUCGGGGACCGGAAAGACAACGUUGUCCACCGAUAAGCAUCGCUACCUGAUUGGAGACGAUGAGCACUGCUGGAGCGAUGACGGUGUGUCGAACAUCGAGGGCGGGUGCUACGCCAAGUGCAUCGAUCUUUCGCAGGAGAAGGAGCCAGACAUCUGGAACGCAAUCCGCUUCGGCACGGUGCUGGAGAACGUGGUGUUUGACGACCACACCAGGGUCGUGGAUUUUACCGACAAGUCUGUCACGGAGAACACGCGCGCUUCGUAUCCGAUCUACCACAUCGAGAAUGCCAAGAUUCCCUGCGUCGGUCCUCAUCCCAACAACGUCAUAUUGCUGACCUGUGAUGCUUUCGGCGUGCUGCCUCCCGUGAGCAAGCUCACGCUGGCGCAGACGAUGUAUCACUUCAUGAGCGGGUACACGGCAUUGGUCGCCGGGACAGAGGAGGGAGUGAAGGAGCCCAAGGCCACGUUCUCCGCGUGUUUCGGCGCGGCGUUCAUCAUGUGGCACCCGGCCAAGUACGCAGCGAUGCUGGCGGACAAGAUGCAGAAGCACGGGGCGACCGCGUGGCUCGUCAACACCGGCUGGGUGGCCGGCAGCUAUGGCGUCGGGUACAGAAUGAAGCUGUCUCAGACGCGCAAGAUCAUCGAUGCCAUCCACGAUGGAUCGCUGCUGAAGGCCAAGUACACCACCACGGAUGUCUUCAAUCUUGCCGUUCCCGACCACGUGGACGGUGUGCCUGACGAGGUGCUGAUGCCACAGAACAUGUGGGCGGACAAGGAGCUGUUCGACACGACGCUGAGGAGGGUGGGGGGACUCUUCAAGGGCAACUUCAAGAAAUUCGAGGAUUAUACUGUGGGUGGCGAUUCCAAACUCACCCAGCAGAUUCUCUCCGCCGGUCCGCAGCUGUAGCAGCUGCGCGAAACCGCUAUCCACCAGUAGAUUCUCUCCGCCGGUCCGCAGCUGUAGCAGCUGUGCGAAACCGCUAUCCACCUCUUCUUCGUUCUUAUUAAAUCUCACUUCGUCAGGAAUAUUCCGUGAGCAGCAGUAGAUUCUGAGUUCGCGUUUUUCAAUAGAGUCCCGGAGUGGUCGGGUCCGCGGGCGGCCGUUGUGUGCGAAAUAGUGGUGCUCACAACGGGUUUGUUGCGUAAUCUUUGGGUGGUUAAUGGUGGCUGAAGAUGGCCCCCAGCGGUCGGUCUCUUUGACGGAUGUCCUGCAGUUGGCACUGGCAUCCGCAAUUUCACGGCGAAGACUUAACGUUUAUUUCCCCGUAUCUAUGGACAUCUGUUAAAGCGUGCACAUGACACACACACACACACACACACACACACACACACACACACACACACACACACACACACACACGCACGCACACACACUCACAAACACACGCACACGCGAACACACAUACACGCACACAUACCAGUCUCGCGCGCGCACGCACACACACACAAACCCACCCUCUCUCUCUCUCACACACACACACACACGCACGCACGCACCCUCUCUCUCNUCUCUCUCUCUCUCUCUCUCUCUCUCUCUCUCUCUCUCUCUCUCUCUCUCUCUCUCUCUCUCUCUCUCUCUCUCUUUUCUCCCCCCGGGGCGCGCGCAGAGAGAGAGACAAGAAGAGGACGAGCGCCCGCACAGACAGACGUGUGCUUUUGUUUUUUAAUCAAUCAAUCUAUCAUACGGUCAUGAAAUCAGUCGAGCAACCUUCUGUUCUUAAUUCCUCCACCCGUUCCCAGAAAAUCUGAGGAUGUUUUUCCGGAAUCCUGUCCAAAUGGCUAUGUAAGAACUGGGAUCUGUCUAGGUUUCUGUGUUCUGCGAUCGGCUUCGAUUUUGUCUGUGUUAGGAGUGCGUCUUUUGUCAGUAUAGUCAUCUAGUUUCGGGUUGAAAUGGUCAUUACCAUGAGGUAGUCGGUGAUUGCCGCCACGAGAGUAGUUACCAGUCAGUCGUUACCGCCGUGGGAAUGGUCGUUUUUCCCUCGAGUAACUGGUAUCUGAGUCAUGUACGCUUGUUUUGUCUGACAGUGUCUUAAAGGUCCGUGUCUUCUCAGUAUAGUCUUCUUUUUUCGGGUUGAAGCGCUCAGUGCCAUGAGGUAGGUGGUGAUUGCCUUCGAGUAGUGAGUCGUUGCUGCGAUGGGAAGAGUCGUUCAUUUCCACGAGAAUAACCCGUGAUUGCUUGAGAGGAGCGGGUGAUUGCCGUGAGAAUAAGCCUGUAGUUUGUUGACUGGUUCGUCUGGAUAGUUUCAAUUGCAGGCCGAUUUGCAUUGAUGAGUGGAUCGGUAAUUUUGGUGAAUUAACUAAGUUAAAUUUAAUCGGUGUGUGGUUUUUGAUUGGCCUUCAUGUCGUUGGUAUGCACCUUUUUGUGACGCUGGAACCUGUUUUCAUCAGAUUCUUACGGGUGGAAUUGUUCUUUGUUCUUUUUUUUGUUUUGGUUGUUUGUUUGUUUGUUACGGGUGGAAUUGUGAAAGCUUCACGGCGUGGGAAUUAUAUUUUAUACGUGCAUAAUUAAGUCUUAGUGGGGUCGCGUUUCGAGCCUUGUCGGACGUAAAACCAGACGCCAGGGCCGGAUGGGCAUUAUCAUCGAGCGACCGGCAGUUGUAUGCACUUGCGGAAUUGGGUACACUCCCCCAUCGUCCUUGUCGAGGCUGACUAGGUGUUUAUACCUAUUUGAGCUCGUUAUUGUUGCCUCGUUCGUGGCUUCAGUACGUUUGCAUUGCCCUGUCGGACCUAAAACCAGACGCUAGUGGGGAUGGGCAUUAUCCUCGAGCAUCCGGGAGUUGCAUGCACUUGUGGAAUUGGGUACUCGGUCGUCGGUCGUCGAGGCUGAUCGAGAUUAGGAGUCUUUCACGGUUGGCUUCGAGCAUUACGUGAAUACCUUUGAGAAUCUUGUCUUCAGUAGGUACUAGGAAGUUAGGUAUAGAUUUUCAUGUCUGCUGUAGCUUCAGGAUUUAAUCAGCUUAAGGCAGGGAGUUAAGUCUUUGCUUAAUCUGGGGAACAUGUGACGAAAAUUUACGUUUUUUAUCUAAAGACGGCGGAUGUCGGGAGAGUCUUUGUGAGCGGUGGUACUGAAAGGGAAGGCGGUUAAUAGUGCAUCUCCAGAACGGAAUGACGCUGUGUGAGGAAUUUCCAAUGAAGAAGCAGAGGGUGUAAAAGCUCGAGUACGGCGUCAUUUGAAUUGCUGCGGAAUGAUCAUUCAACGUAUCUGGCGAAUGGCAAUGAAGAAGCAGAAAGUGU